CCUAGGUGACUAUACCCAUUGGACGGAUUUUUGAAUGGAAUUGGACGAAUUGACCGAUUUGGUAUUCGUCCAAACUCCAAACAUGUUUCACCGAAUGUAAAUUCGAAGUUUAGUGACAGUUUUAGUGAAUAGUUGUGUUACCAUUUAUGCUAAUUACCCAUAGUUUAUACAUUUUUUUUUUCUUUUAGGUUGAUGAUCACAAAAUAAUAGUGGGUCUAGCCUGCAAGUCGGCCCAAAUUACUUAUCUGAUCUGUUUCGAAAUAGUUCCCGAAGGAAGGCCCAACUACUUUCUUGGGCUUUUAAAGGGGGUCUUAUUAUUUGAUUUACCAGGAGGCCUCCAAAUUAAAAAUGGGCCGAAAUGUCCAGCCCACUAAAUUGUCCAUAAGCCAAUCUAGACCAACACCAACAGCACGGACUUCAGACAGAUCUUCUAUUCAUCUUGUCUGCAUGCGUUCCGCUGCAGCCGCCCACAGUAUCUUAUCGUGAAUGCCAUCCGAUUCGUCCACGUGGGCACUAGGUUUUUUUAAUUUUUAAUUUUUAUAAAGGGCACUAGGGUUUUGGGUAUCUAGUAAUUCCUAAUCAGUAAUCCCCUUGAGACUCGUCCGCUCCACCUCCUCGAACUGCCCAACAGAAGAAGAAGACCUCCGUCCUCCGCCGUCUCCCUCGUCGAAACAUCCUCCUCCACCGUCCUUCAUCCAGGCAAGUGACCACCGACCUUCGUUGCAUACUCCUCCCUGUUCAAAUCCCCAAAUUUCUGGACUCCAAAGUGAACAAAACCCUCAGUCAAUGUAGGGGAACACUAUCAAGGAGCUACGGAAGGAUUGCGACGGUCUGCUUCUCUCGUCGUGCCCUUCACCCGCCGGUCAUAAAUCGCAGGUGGGGUUUCUUUCUUCUUCAGUUACUUUUUGACUUCAUUGAAUUUCGAUUCGUCCGAUUGGUUUCCUCUAUCUGGGUUUCUUCGUCGAUGGAUAGCUCUUCGUUGCUUUGAUUUGGUCUUAAUUUGCGCUCUAUGUGUGAUGAGGAAUCCUUUCCCGAAUUCUGCCUUCAGUUCUUGCACACGUUGGUAUUCUCAAGUUGGCUAACUUGGCUGAUUCCUUUUUGCAGUAUUCGUAAAUUCUGUGAAAUGGCGGCGGAGAGUGGGAAAAGCUUGAAAAGGAGGGAUCACCUCUUGGAGAUCGAGGCAAAGGCUAGAAGUUGGUGGAAUGAGGUAGACGUUUUCAGAGCUGAGCCAUGUGAAAAACCUCCCAAGCCCGGGGAGAAGUUCUUUGGCAAUUUUCCAUUUCCCUACAUGAAUGGUUAUUUGCACCUUGGCCAUGCUUUCUCUCUUUCGAAGCUGGAGUUUGCUGCCGCUUAUCAUAGAUUGAGGGGUGCCAAUGUGCUUCUUCCGUUUGCUUUCCACUGCACCGGCAUGCCCAUUAAGGCAUCUGCUGAUAAGCUUCGCCGUGAAAUUCAACAAUUCGGUAACCCUCCUGUGUUCCCUGGACCAGCCGCUGAGCCAGAAGAACCAAAAAAACCAGAGCAAGGGGAUGAAAAUGUAUCUGGCCAACCAGAUAAAUUCAAGGGCAAAAAGUCCAAGGCAGCAUCUAAAGCCGGUGGGCAAGUGUUCCAAUGGGAGAUCAUGCGUAGUUUUGGGCUAACUGAUGAAGAGAUUGCAAAGUUUCAGGAUCCAUAUGAGUGGUUAAGGUUCUUCCCGCCAUUGGCUAUGGAGGAUCUCAAGGCUUUUGGCUUGGGUUGUGAUUGGAGGCGCUCCUUCGUUACGACAGAUAUAAAUCCCUACUUCGACUCUUUUGUGCAGUGGCAGAUGAGGAAGCUCUAUGCUAUGGGUAAGAUUGUGAAGGACGUUAGAUACACAAUUUACUCUCCUUUAGAUGGCCAGCCUUGUGCAGAUCACGACAGGGCAUCUGGUGAGGGAGUUCUUCCCCAAGAGUAUACCCUCAUCAAGAUGGAAGUCUUAAGGCCUUUUCCUACGAAGUUGGGACCUUUGGAGGGGAAAAACGUUUUCCUAGCUGCUGCUACUCUGAGGCCAGAGACUAUGUAUGGGCAAACGAAUGCCUGGGUGUUGCCGGAUGGUGAAUAUGGAGCUUUUGAAAUUAAUGAAACUGAUGUGUUUGUCAUCACAGCUCGGGCGGCCCUUAACCUAGCAUAUCAGAACUUCUCUAGAAUCCCUCAGAAGCCUACUUGCUUGAUGGAGCUGACUGGUUAUGACCUGAUUGGCCUUCCUUUGAGGUCUCCUCUUUCGGGCAAUGAAGUCAUAUACGCUCUUCCAAUGUUGACCAUCCUAACAGACAAAGGCACCGGGAUCGUCACCAGUGUGCCUAGUGAUGCCCCUGAUGACUAUAUGGCUUUGCAUGAUCUCAAAGCAAAACUGGCUUUCAGGGCCAAAUAUGGGGUCGAGGAUGAGUGGAUAAUGCCCUUUGAAAUUCUGCCAAUAAUUAACAUUCCCGAGUUCGGGGAUAAGGCAGCUGAAAAGGUCUGCAUUGAUCUGAAAAUUAAGAGCCAGAACGAGAAGGAGAAGCUUGCUGAAGCUAAACGGCUCACGUACCUCAGAGGGUUUACUGAGGGAACAAUGCUUGUUGGAGAAUAUGCAGGGAUGAAAGUCCAAGAAGCAAAACCAUUGCUUCGAACCAAACUUAUUGAGACAGGCCAAGGAAUUUUGUAUAGUGAGCCUGAAAAGCGAGUCAUGUCAAGAUCGGGUGAUGAAUGCGUUGUGGCACUUACUGAUCAAUGGUACAUAACAUAUGGAGAAGCAGAAUGGAAGAAACUGGCCGAGGAAUGCCUGAGCAGUAUGAACCUCUAUUCUGAUGAGACACGCCAUGGGUUUGAGCACACUUUGAGCUGGCUGAAUCAGUGGGCGUGCUCACGAUCAUUUGGUCUUGGGACUCGCAUUCCGUGGGACAAGGAAUUUCUCGUUGAGUCCUUGUCUGACUCCACCAUUUACAUGGCUUACUAUACUGUUUCCCACUUCCUGCAUAACGAAGACAUGUAUGGUACAAACAAGCAUCCAAUUCAACCUUCGCAAAUGACUGAUGAAGUUUGGGAGUUCAUCCUCUGUGGUGGUCCAUACCCCAAAUCCUCUGGUAUACCAGCAGCAGUACUUGAUAAGAUGAAGAUGGAAUUUGACUACUGGUAUCCGUUUGACUUGCGAGUCUCAGGCAAGGACCUUAUCCAGAACCACUUGACCUUCUCCAUAUACAACCAUGUAGCAAUCAUGGAUAAGAAGCACUGGCCACGUGGAUUCAGGUGCAAUGGACAUAUUAUGCUCAACUCUGAGAAGAUGUCCAAGUCAACUGGCAAUUUCAGAACGUUGAAACAGGCGAUUGAGGAAUUCUCAGCUGAUGCAACGAGAUUCUCGCUGGCUGAUGCUGGAGAUGGUGUUGAUGAUGCUAAUUUCGUAUUUGAAACCGCCAAUUCGGCAAUCCUCCGCCUUACCAAGGAGAUUGCGUGGAUGGAAGAAGUUCUGGCUGAAUCAUCCUCUCUCAGGGCAGGCCCUCCAUCAACUUAUGCUGAUCGUGUGUUUGAGAAUGAGAUAAACAUUGCGGUCAAGAUGACGGAAGAGAGUUACAGUAAUUGCAUGUUCAGAGAGGCAUUGAAGACCGGAUUCUAUGAUCUGCAAACUGCAAGAGAUGAGUACAGAUUCUCUUGUGGCAGUGGAGGGAUGAACUAUGACCUGGUUUUCCGAUUUAUGGAUGUGCAGACUCGCCUCAUUACUCCAAUUUGUCCACACUAUGCUGAAUAUGUACGGAGGGAGCUUCUAAAGAAGGACGGGUUGGCAGUGAAAGCCGGUUGGCCCACUGCAGGUUCUCCUGAUCUGAAGUUGAAGGCAGCCAACAAGUACCUGCAGGACUCCAUUGUUCUGAUGAGGAAGUUGCUCCAGAAGCAACUUUCUGGUCCAAAGAAAGGAAACAAGAAAGAUGCAGCACCGGUUACAGCUGCCUCGACUGAGAACAAAUUAACAGGGUUAAUUUAUGUCAACGAAAAGUUUGAUGAGCGGAAAUCGGAAUGUUUGAGGAUACUCCAAAGCAAGUUUGAUGGCAAUACUCGAACUUUUGCACCCGAUGGCGAGAUAUUGCAGGCAUUGCAAGCAAGCCCACUUUUCCAGGGUUCGAACUUCAAGCAGUUCCAGAAGCAGUACAUGCCAUUUGUGAGGUUCAAGAAGGACGAAGCCGUUGCAAUAGGGGUUCAGGCAUUGGAUGUGAGGCUACCUUUUGGAGAGAUUGAAGUUCUGAAGGAGAACCUGGAGCUGAUCAAGAGACAGCUGGGUCUUGAAGUUGUUGAAAUUUUAUCAGCCUCAGAUCCUAACGACAAGGCUAGAGCUGGCUCCCUUGCCUCUCUCUUGGACCAGAAUGCGCCCUCUCCUGGAAGCCCCACGGCCAUCUUCUUGACCAGGUAGGUAGCAAACUACCAGAGAGCCGGACGUGGAACAAAGUGAUUGCUAGGGCAAUGCCGGAAAGAAAUACAGAGUAAAUGCGUGGGAAGAGCUGAUGAUAGUUUCGAUUUUGAUAUGUUUUUGAAUUUUUUGCUGCUGUUUUGUUCUGAACCUGUACUUUCUUCAACUGUUAACUCAUGUUAUGCCGUUUCCCCGACUUGUAGUGCAGUGAAAUUUCAUCUGUGUUCUGCUGCUGCUGGGCUUGUUUGAUGAUGAAAUUUCGUUGGUGCAUUUUUGUUCAGUCUUCUUUUCCCUCAAUGAUUAAGAGGUUUCAUGGAAAUGGAAUGUUAGCAUAUUACGUUUGAGCUAGCUUCGGUCCAACAUUAUAGUCCACUGCUUUGCUUAUUACUAUGUGAAAAAUUUGUACUUGCUGAGACAGUUGGAUCGGCCGAUUACCUUUGUCAAUUUUUC